AUGCGCUCUGGCCUUGCCCUCCUCGCCGCUGCUCCGCCCGGUCACCGCGACCCCGUCCCGCCCGGCGUGUCACCUCGCGCGCUCGCGCCCGUGCUGUGGCCGGCUACCGCGUGCUGCUGCUCCUGCGGCUGCGCCGCCCCCGCAUCUCGCGUCCACCACCGUGCCACCGCCCCCGCCUCACCCGCCUGCUCCCCUCGCCGUGCUGGCCUCGCCCACGCCGGCCUGGCGACCUGCCAGGUCCGCCGCCCUCCCCUGGUCGCGCCGUGGGCACGGCCUCGCCGGUGCCCUCCGUCGCCUCCGUGCGGCUGCCGUCGCCCCGGAGCUGCCGCGCCGUCGCCGGACAUCGUCGCCCGAGGUCCCCGUCGGCGCCGCCUCCUCGCCCUCUCCCUUAAUGGCCACCUCAACGCCGCCCCCAUCGCCUCGACGCCCGCGUCGACCCCCUCCCCCGCGCCCCGUCGCUGGUGCUGCCCUUCGCCGGACCUCGACCGCCUCCUCGCCGGACCUCGCGUCUUCGCCCUCUUCCCCGCCGGCCGCCAGCAAACCUCGGCGCCCCCUCUCCCCAUCAACGCCGGUGAGCCCCCCCGGCCUCUCCUCCUCUCUCUGCCCUCGCACACGACCGCGGCCAUCACGCCCCGGGCCGCGUCCAAGCUCGUCGCCCGCGUCGUCCCGCUGCCCAUGCGCUCUGGCCUUGCCCUCCUCGCCGCUGCUCCGCCCGGUCACCGCGACCCCGUCCCGCCCGGCGUGUCACCUCGCGCGCUCGCGCCCGUGCUGUGGCCGGCUACCGCGUGCUGCUGCUCCUGCGGCUGCGCCGCCCCCGCUUCUCGCGACCACCACCAUGCCACCGCCCCCGUGUCACCCGCCUGCUCCCCUCGCCCGUGUUGGCCACGCCCACGCCGGCCUGGCGACCUGCCAGGUCCGCCGCCCUCCCCCGCGCCCCUGGGCAUACACCUGCUCGGGCUGCGCCCAGCGCCCGCGCCCGCGUCGCCUGUUCGGGCUGCCCCCGCGGCACCCGAACCCACUAUGGCCCUUAGGGCCUAUGACAUAUGGGCCCCGCCUACCUGA